AGUUAGCCGGCGAUCUUUGAAUUUGUUAAAAAUGCAUUCCGGGAACCUCUUAAAUGAUUCGCAGAUAUUGCAAAAUCGCAGAAUUUCCAAAGAAUCCAUGUGACAAAUAACUUUGCGUAACCAGUCCGCGGGUAAGUGGGUCUCAGUGGGCCCUGGGUAGGCCCGGGGCCAUAAGAAACCGUGUUGGUGAUACGGUAGCUUUUUCAUCGGCGAGAGCCAUUUAGCACGCAAUCCCAAAAGACACAAAACCCAGUUUUCAGUAAUCGUCUAAGCACAAAUGAGCCAGCCUUGGGUAAUUCAAAAGUUCGUUCUGUUCACAAAUAAUUUACCAACUAUAUUUUAUUACAAUCAAUUGUGGCUUAUUAUGACUUCGCAAAACAUACGAUUCCCAGAGAGCUCGAUAGAAAAAAGUCGAAAGCCAUGCAAAGCGUACAUUUACAGAAGGAAAUUAAAAAUAGCAAGGAUCAUGGUGUUGACUGAAGAAUAUAUUUGCAAGCGAUGCAAAGUUUAUGUAAAAACACUUCUUUGCAGCAUAGUUGCGAGCGUACAACUCAAUAAAAAGGGAAAGAACCCUGCAUUCUGGUGUUGUAACAUUCUAACGAGACGCUCUUCUAACGAUUAUUCAUAUCCCGCAAGUUUUCUCUUACAACGUUCGAACAAAGUGUAAAGUUGUGAAAAAGAAUAUUAUUGUUAAAAGUUGCAAGAUGCAAACUGUAAAAUUCUGAAAGUCCUAAAAUUUAAGGUUGUCAAAAAUUAGCGCCAAUAUUCGAAGUAGAUUCAAUGAGUGGCCAAUCAACGUGGAUCAUCGCGAUACUCUACCUACAUUUAUUGGAGGCAGAUUCGACCGCCAUUAACCGCCAUCGGUUGCUGACACUCAAGGAUAUUUAAUUAACACAGGCUGUUAGCCAAAUACCGAUUGAUGUUGAAAGACGCGUUGACUGUUUACCGAUGAGAUUAAGCAGAUUGAGAAGAUUUCCGAUUUCCCGUUUGUUCUCACUAGGACACCGACCCUAACAGAACGGAGCGUAAAUAAGUGAGCACUCCAAAGGAGUGAAACCAAGUCAUAAGUCCUUUGGCAACAUCGAUGGUUCGGUAAAAAAGUAUAAACGUGAUAUUUUUCCAAUUACCUACUAUGAUCACCGCUUUUUUGUUGUUAAUUUCAAGUUUCAACCAUUGCUAAUCCCGCAUUGCACCCUCAUCUCUUCUUCUAAAUGUAUAACCUGUCCGACUUCGUUAAAAAUGGAAAACAAUGAAGAAGAGAUGGAGGUUCAAGAAGCAGAUGAGCCAGUAAUCCUGGCUCCUGAUAAUCGUGUCAACACUCCUAUACGGGAAGUGGUACACAUAUCAGAACCAGAGACAGACCAAGAAGCUCAGGUUAUUGAGCAUAGUGAACCAGUAAUCUUUCGAUCUGUACAAGGGGAAGAGAAUGUACCAAUUUUCCAAAAACCACAAGCAAACAACAAUAACGAAGAGCUUCUCGAAAUUGGAAACAAAAGAAAAGACCCAGGCUCGGAUGAGGAGGCAGACCUAGAUUCGGGUCAAUCAUGUCCGAUUUGCAUGGAUCUGUGGAACAACUCUGGAGAACAUCGUCUCUGUUCUUUACGCUGCGGACAUCUGUUUGGAUAUAGUUGUAUUCAGCGUUGGUUACAAACUGGAUGUAACGCAGGAGCGCGUCGAUGUCCUCAGUGCAAUCACAAGGCUUCGGCUAAGGAUAUACGCGUAUUGUAUGUCAAAAAGUUAUCAGCAGUUGAUACUAGUGAAGCGGACAAACUGAAAGUAGAAUUAAGCAAAGUUACAGCAGAGAAAAGUCGGCUGCAGAUGGAACUGGAAAGGUACAUAAUACGGCAGAAAUUAUUCGACCAACAGCUGGCUGGUAUGAAGCAGCGAAUAUUAGAACUUGAAAGUCAGCAACUGCAAAUGGGAAAGGAAUAUCAAUCGAGCCUACAGCACUCAAAUUCGCAACCAAUGUUAAAGAAAUUUCAUCUUGAACGAUCGAUUGACAUUUGUAAAGAUGGCGGGUGCAGAGUUCUUGCCUAUAAUGCGUGGUACCAGACCUUAGUCAUAUCACAAAAAUCCACAAAUGCCUUAUUUUCUGGGUAUGGAAUAAAAAAAAUUGAUUCCAGAGAAUUUCGAUCUCGACAAUUCGUCUUCCUGCAUUCUCAGGCCAUCAGAGACGUGUCGUUCAAUCCUUACAUAAACGAAAUACUCCUUAGUGUUGGAUUCGACAAGUGUGCAAAGUUGAUGGACAUCCACAAUAAUACAGUGGUUCACAAUUAUCAGACGGAUUCGCAGCUAUGGAGCUGUUGUUGGGCCGGUAAUAAUCACAAUGUCUUUUUGGCCGGUGCCCAAGACGGUUCUGUCAGACAAUUCGAUAUUAGACAAACGGCUGGCCCAAUCAGCAAAAUAGACGGACCAGGAGACAGAUCACCGGUCGUCGCUUUAGCAAAGGUUGCACCAGCUUACGACAGUGGAAUACCGGCUGGAGGGUUCAUAGCUUGUCGCCUGAAUAGUUGUUUCGCAUACGAAAGCAAAGAUGCGGAGUUUACAGGCAAGCAAAUGUUUCUUGAAGGGCCGUUUGUGUCAGUUUGCUACGAUUCCGAAAGCAAACAUGUCGUGGUUUCGUCUCGCCCAAACCCCAGGCAACCGCAGGCAAGGCAUACUGUUUGUACAAUUGAAAAAGGUACCGAGGAUAUAAUCGUUUGCAAUAUCGUUCACACUUUCCAAGGUGGAAAUUCACAGAAAUUACUUUCUAGACCGUGUCAGAUAAAGACUGAAAAUGACACGCUUCUAGCCGCUCAUCAAGAAGCUACCAGCUCUAUACCAAUUUGGAGCAUAUCAACUGGUAAACAGAUCUAUAAUCUUCCUGUUUCUGAUCCUGUGAUAGACUUCUGCGCCUUUAAUACUAAAAACAAUGACCUCUUUCUAGCAACGCUCUCUCAAAAGAAACUAAGGGCAUAUAAAUAUGGUAAUUGAUUAUUUGUAAGAUAAAUGCAUACAGACGUUGACGUCAAGUGUUAUUAAGGAAUAGCAUGAUGUAAAAUCAUAAUCGAAUGUGUUUUAUUUACUAGUGAAAUAGAAAGUGAAAAAAACUUGUUUAAACUAUACAAUAUGUCAUAUACGUGUGUGUAAUUAAAUUUAUGUGAUACCGAUUAUUGUAGCGUAAGUAUUUUGUAUCGAAUAAAAAAAUUUUCUUUAUAGAUUAGGCACAUUUUUUAAGAGUGCUAUAAGCCCUGUUUUUAAAUAUUGACCGAAUAAUUUUUUUACUUCCAGUAAUUCAAAACUGUAUACUAUUUAUA